UAAAUCACACUUAAAAAAAAAACAGAAAUUGAAAUUACAAUCAGCCCCGGCGACAAAAAUGAUGAGACAUAAAAAAAGUAGACUCACGGUACGUUAAAAUGAAGAACUACGGCAAAAAGGUCUAGAAUGGGUUGUUUCAUAUUUAUGUAUUUUCUUAAAAAAUAACGUUUAUGAUUGGGAAAUACAACUAAAUUUUAUGCAAGACAAUUUAUGGCGAAAUCGACCAUCGCGUUUCGCUAGCCAAAAUGCAAAUAUUAAUUACGCCGGGAAUCUAACCAGCGACCUUAGGCUUUACGCACUAAUCCUCUGACCUAGGCCUCUGACUACUAAGCUUCGAGAGGUCACAACAGCAAGAACCGUUCCGUUGCGUAACGUUAGCAACCACGAAUAGCAACGUUGCUUGACUGUUGAAAACGAUUUAUGUAUUGUAAGAGAAUACUUGCAAAAACUGGGUAGAAUAUGUACAAUAAUAAAUUGGAAAUUACGUCUGACAAAGACACGGAUGAGGUACCUUUUAGCGGCUAUCAUGAAAUGGAAAUUCUUUUCGAAAAACUCAAGUCUCUUAAUUACUACUCUGAGUUUAUUAUUCCUUUUAAAGUAAAACCAAUUAAUAGUUAUUACUUCAUGAUACCUACAAAUUCAGGGGAACACUUCUGUUUAUUUUGUCAAUUAGCGACAUGGUUAAUAAGAAAGUCGAGUAAACAUUUUGAUGAACCACAUGAUUUUGAAGAUCCAAACAAUACAAUUUCUAGGAUAUUGAUUGUGGUUAGAGAGGACGGAACGACAAUUGAUUUCCCUCCAAAUAAAUUAAAGUCUGGAACUGGCCGUCAUGUCGUUUUUAUUUUAAAUAAACUUUGCGACAUGGCUUUACGAAAUAAUGAAAUUAAACUUGUUACACCAACAAUUGUUGAAAAAGAUACCGACGAAGAAUUAAAAAAUCAAAAUGUAUCAAUCGAUAAUGAAUCGGAAGUAAUUUUGGAUCAAAUAGAAGACGACAUGCUCAGAGAACAUUUUGAUUAUUCGGACGAUGAUGAAAUAAACGCUUAUGAUCUUACUAAAACAAAAGUCGGAUUAGAAGGUAAAAACGUAGACUCACACAUUAAUGAAGAAUUAUGGCAAAAAGAGCUGGAACGAGUUGUUCCAUCUUUACGUGUUACCUUAAAAAAUAACGUUUAUGAUUGGAGAACACGAUUAAAUUUUAUGCAAGACAACUACGGCGCAAUCAAGCAAAAUGUAUCGACAGCUAAAACGCAGAUAUCAAAAAUUUAUAAACGUCUAACUUACAACCUGGAAAAAAUUAAAAACAGAGAGAAGUAUCUUAACAAAGAAUUUGAAUUGCCUUUAAAAAACUACAUGGACAGGUUACACAAUUUGUCAAAAGUAAAGGAAGAGUAUAAUGAGUUGGGAAGCGGACUUAAUGAGAAAAUGCGGAAUUUAGCAUUGUUAAGUCAAACUUUGGAAAAUUAUAAACAAAAAGCAGAAGUUAGAGGCAGUUUUGUAACAGACGGCACUCCACUCGUAAACAUAAAGAAAGGCAUUUCAAAAAUGAAAUCAGAUAUCGUAACGAUCGAUGUUAGAAUUGGAGUACUACAAUGUUUCCUAUUUAACACGGACCUAAAUGAGAAAAGUAGACUAGAAAAAGUUGAUAUUGUUAAUUGAUACAAUUUUGCACCCUCAGUUACUGUUUAUAUCCUUAAUUUAUUAUUAAUAAAAAUGGAAAUGCAAGUGUCAGUACCAACAUACCUCAUUUUAACUCGAAAUAACUCAACGCAAG